CAGACCUGGAAUGCCUCCAACAGCUCCUUCUUCAGACCAAAUGUCCCAGAAAAUGAUCGAAAUCAGACUUCAAAUUGACCAGAUCGAUGACAGAAUUGAAACCCUUGGUGGGUUCCACUGUGGCUGGAAACCAAGCGACCAUGAAGACUUCUUGCGGAUCAAGACCAAGCACAAGCACAAAACUGACAAACUUUCAUUUCUGAACGAAAUUCUGGGACUGAUUCCAGACUCAGACAUCGGCAAGAUCAAGGAGCACAUCAAGACGCACAAGGAAUAUUUAGAGCUGACCAAGGAGAAGAAGGAGCUGCUGCAGAAGUACAAGAAAGAGAAAAUAGUGAACCGUAACACAAAGCUACAUGGCAUUGAAUCCUCUGCUCCUAAAUUCCAAGAGAACGACCGGUCUCUCCUCAAUAGGAGCCAAAGUUCUGGCCGCUCUGUAAACCAAUUCUCUCAAGAAUACAGAGAUAAACAGAAACAGAAGAUCCUCGAAUGGAAACAAAAGAAGGCUGAGGAAGAAAAGUCAAAGAAAACCCAAUCCGACUUAAAGAAAAAGGAAACGCUUGAGAAGAAGAAAGAAAGAGAAAGAGAAGAACUUGAAUGGAAACAACACAAGGUCAAACAAUAUCAACUUCAGAAGGAAUUAAAAGAGCAACAGAAGAAAGAGAUAUCAAAACUUGAAAGAAUAAAGAAGCGCCAUAAAUAUGAACAAGAUUAUGAGACUCGGCAAAGAAUAUACAGACGAGAGGAGGAGCACUUCAGGAAGAGGGCUGAACUAGUUAUCAGUAAGAAAGGUAUCCCAAACUCUUAUACUGAAGAGGAGCAAGCCUUGCGUAUGAAAAGAGCCAAGCUGCUCCAAAAAGAUGACAAAUAUGCUAAUGUUGAGAGUAGGCUGAAUAAGGUCACUAAGGCAGCCCAGGGCAAGAACAGAGAGAAGUUCAAAGAAGGAGUUGAUGAUAGGAAGGAUGCCAUGACCUUUGGAGGUCAGCUAAGAGGUCCAACUGUUAGAGCACAACCAGCAUGGAGGAAAGGACUCUAG